ACCUCAGCCUCAACUACCUCUAAAACUACAAAAAAUUCAGUGGAAAAUGGAGCUGAAAGAAGAAACGGAAAACGAUUACUACAAAAAUGCCAGAAAGUAUUGGUCCAACAUAUCACCGACAGUGGACGGGAUGCUUGGAGGUUUCGCUAGUGUGUCUUUUAUCGACCUCAGAGGGUCAGAACAGUUCAUGAGGCACCUGUACCGGCUUAAGCCGGCACCUGGACGUCAACGGGCACUUGAUUGUGGGGCGGGAAUUGGACGAAUCACCCGCGGACUACUCGUGUCCUUCUUCGAACAGGUGGAUCUCGUGGAGCAGGACGAACACUUUUGCCAGACAGCCCGAACGUCGCUGGAAGACUGUGGCCCCAAAAUCGGCACCGUGUACAACGAGGGACUACAGAACUUUGUGCCAAAGGCCCGGUAUUACGAUGUCAUCUGGGUACAAUGGGUGCUAGGCCAUCUGACCGACGAGGAUCUGGUGCAAUUUUUCUCUCGCUGUGCCAAUGGGCUGGCACGUGGGGGCAUGCUGGUGAUCAAGGAGAACUUUACCUCAAACGACGAGGUAAUUGCCGACGAAACGGAUUCAUCGGUGACGAGACCGCUCGCUGCGAUGAAGGCGUUGCUGAAGAGAGGCAACCUGCGCGUUGUCAAGGAGCAACGACAAACAAGCUUCCCCAAGGAGCUCUACCCAGUGUACAUGAUGGCCCUGAAGCCUUUAAUAAAAUCCUAGCAGGGUGCUAUAAC